AUGGCCCGGACCCACUGCAACUCCCCUGACCCAUAUGACCAUUAUUUAAGGUACCCUGAUCAAUUGCUUUAUACAGAAAAAACUUUGCUGGGUGAACAUCAAAGGAAAAGACCGACAACACAAACUGUCUGCCAAAGAGAAAAUUUGAGUAAAGCUGUAUGCUCCUUACUAAACUCUGGAGGAGGAAUAUUACUGAUUCCAAGUCAUGAUAAAGAUUUUGAUUACAAAAGAGAUGGGCUAGGACUGGACCUUGAAAAUGAAUUACAUACACUCAUAUAUAAACUAUCUGCAGGUGAUUACUAUGAUUUUUCUCAGGAAGGUUCAUAUUUAAUUCUAUUUGUUAAAAGCUGGGUUAUGCAAAAAAAACAUUGCAAUCUUUGUACACUAGAGACUGGUUUAUAUACGCGAAACUUCAGCUCAAAGGGAAUGGCAAGUGCUAUGCAGGUGAUGGAUGUUAUAGAAAAAAAAUCACAAGGAAAAUGGAAGAGAGCUCGCUCAUCUACAGUACCAAAUAAUCAGCCAAAUGUCCUAGAGAGUUUGCUGGAAAAAGAGUAUCUAUGUCAAGGUGAGAAACUGGACAUUGCAGAAUCAGAUUAUAUUGAGUUUAAAGAUUUUAGCACAGUCAAGUGCUCACAAAGAAUCCGCGAAGCAAUUAAAAUAUAUUACUCGGCAUUUGGAAACAGUGAUGGCGGAUGCUUGAUUAUUGGAGUAGACAAUAAAGCAAUGGUAAAAGGGUGUGGAAGAGAUUCCCAAAAAUCAGAUCUUGAAACUUGCAUUAAAGAAGAUUUAAAACGUCUGAUAUUUGUCCACCUUAAUAACUGUGAAUCAGAAAAUGAGUUUUACACUCUCACAAUGAAAGAUGUUCGGCACGAGAACAAACCUAUAGGAUACGUCAUUUUUUUGCAAGUGGAGCCGUUUUGUUGUCUUGGUUUUGUGAAAAAUCCUUGGUCUUGGAUCCUAGAUUUUAAACCUGAUGACUGUUUGGGAAAACAUCUACAGCCGAAGCAACUGACUGCAUCUGAGUGGGUGAAGAUCAUAACCAACCAGGAUUCAGAACAUUCUCUGGAGGCACAGUUUGAAAGACUAACCACUGAGGAAGGACCACCACAAGCUAAGCCAGUCUUCACAAAGAAAGGCAUGGGCACUUUACAAGAGUUACAGGACAGUCUGUUUGACAAUAUUGAGGACACGUUAACUAUAAAACCCGACAAACUGUAUGAGGAUCUUAAGGCAGAGAACCCUGGUUUGGAAGACCAGCUGAAUACCAUACUCCCGAAUACUGGGGCAGUAAUUGUAUCUAGGAGCUGGGCUGUGGAUGUAGAGCAGAAGAGUAACCCAAAUGUUGUGUGUGACAUUUUACUUCUGUCACCUAAUGACUAUCCAACACUGUACUCUGUCUUCAAUGCUGAGGUCACUGAAGAGGACUUUAAUUGUUCAAGAAUAACAGCCUUUGCCUUGAAGCAGAAAUUAGUUAAUAUUGGAUGCUACACGGGAAGGUUAUGUGUAAAACCUAAAAUGCUGCGUCUAAAUGCUAAACCUGGCAAGUCCAGCUUCUUCUGGCCUGAGAUAACAUAUCCAAGGAAGUACAAACUGCUUGAUUUGGGCACGGUGAAAGAAUUACUGCAGUCACUUACAAUAGUGAUUCUCUGCUUCAGAAACAUGCUAAGCGACAAGUUUAGAAUUGAGUUCUUCAACCUUCUUACCAUAGAACAGUAUAAGGUGCUGUCAGGGAAUAUAGGAAUUAAUGAGACUUUAUUUGUGCAUGGACCACCAGGAACUGGAAAGACUGUAAUUGCUUUGGAGAUAAUCAAACGGAUAAAAAACAUGAAAAAUUGUUUAACUAAUGACAUUCUUUACAUUUGUGAGAACAGACCAUUACGAGAUUAUGUGAGGAGUUUUCGCAUUUGUGACGUCAUGACUCGUACAAAAUUUGAAACUGAGCAACAAAUUAACGUCAAGCACAUUGUGGCUGAUGAAGCCCAGAACUUCCGUGUAAAUGAAGUUAAUUGGUUUAAAAAGCACAAUAUUGUUAUGAACUCUGGUGGUAUGUUUUGGGUUUUUAUGGACUAUUUCCAGUCAUACCACAAUGAUUUUACUGGCCUACCAGAAUGCAGAUCUCAGAAUAAGCAUGCUUUAACAAAGGUGGUUCGGAGCCCUCAAUUAAUACACAACAAAAUUAAAGAGAAAAUGAAAAUAAUUGCCUCUGAAUUUGACAACGAUUUUUUGGAUGUGCUCAUAGAAAAGAGUGAGUGCUGCCAUGGGAUACAGGGAUUCUUUAAAGAAAUGUCCCUGGUAAAGGCAGAUAUUGUGAAGUAUGUCUUUGAAAACUGCGAAAAAUAUAUUUCUAAUGGUUACUCGAAAAGAGAUAUAGCUAUUUUAUGCAACACUAAUGAUGCAUCUGAAGAAUACGUACAACUACUACAGGAAAUGGACACAGGUAGAUAUGCAAGGAAAAAAAGAGUACUGGGGAAGCUAUUCAGACGAGCAGAAGUUACAAUGGAUGCUAUUAUUGUAGACAGUGUCCGUCGCUUUGCCGGUCUUGAAUGUCUCAUUGUGUUUGCAAUUAAUCCUAUUUCUGAAUAUCUUGAUGUUGACAAAAACCUCUUUGUCUGUGCUGCUUCAAGAGCUACUGGACGGCUACAUGUGCUGUACGAAAGAAAAUGAUUGAGUGUAUAGUUCAUUUAUAAUUUAGUGCAAUUUGAGGUUUC